AUGUUAAAUAAUCUUAAAAAGACAAACGAAGAAGAGUCAACCCUCUUUGUCAAUAUAUGUUUCUGGUUGGUUGGAGAAUAUAGGGAUUUGCAUGAUAAUCUUUUAAGUAUCAUAGAGACUCAAAAUGAUAAUCUCAUUAGUAUUAUUGAGAUUGACAUGAAAAUAAGACUAGAAGAAUCCUCAUGUAAUACUAUAUUUUGGUUUACUGGUGUGGACAGGAAAUUAUUUGAUGAGCAUGAUGAUCCUAUCAGAUACACAGUGGGAAAAAUCAUUGAUCAUUUGGACCCGUCCAAGACACAAGAUACUCUUGCCUUUAUCAACUCAAAGCCAGAGUAUAAAGAGUACUCCAAUCACGUCAAAGAGACCAUCAAGAGAUAUGGGGAAGCCGAAUUCAACUUGCCAAAAAGACCGGUCAUUCAUUUUCCAAUGCUCGUUGAUGAGCAUGAAGAUCCAAUCAGCUAUACAGUGGGAAAAAUCAUUGAUCAUUUGGACCCGUCAAAAACACAAGAGACUCUUGCCAUUAUCAAAUCGAAACCAGAGUAUAGAGAGUACACCAACAAACAUGUUAGAUCAUAA